AUGUCCAAACAUGCCACCAUCGACAACAACUCAUCAUCGGACGGCCUCGUGGCCAAAUCAGAUGCCGUUGCUUCUUCGCAACGUCUUUCAAGAGAGGAGUACAAGAAACAACAGCUCAUCGAAGAAGCCCGUAAAAAUGGUUUGAUCAUGCCUGAGAAAGACGAACAAGGAAGAGACAUCAAUCCGCAUAUUCCGCAAUACAUCAAACAAGCACCAUGGUAUGUAGAUAAAGGUGCUCCGAGCUUGGACCAUCAAAGAUAUUCAGAACAAGAACGUGAAGAGUUUUCAAAUUGGUACAACAGAGGAAUUAAAGUGUUGGCAGCAACAAAAUAUAGAAAAGGUGCUUGCAAGAAUUGCGGAGCAAUGACGCAUGCAACAAAGGAUUGCACAGAAAGGCCCCGAAGAAAGGGUGCUGCAGUCACAAAUCUUGACAUCGCUCCUGAUGAAUAUGUACAACAAGUGGAGUUGAAAGGAUUCGAAGCAAAAAGAGAUCGUUGGAACGGUUAUAACCCUGAUCUGUAUUCAAAAGAAGUCAUUGAAAUGCAUCAAGAAUUAGAACAAGAAAGAAAGAAAAUUAAGGAUCGAAAACUUCAUGAAAAGAUGAUCGAAAAACAGAAAAGAAAAGAGGAAAUGAAAAAGAAAAUGAAUGGCGAGUCAAGUGACAAGCAAAAAGAGGAUGAUGAUAACUCAUCAAGCGAUGACGAUGAAUAUUUUUCUUCUUCCGAUAGCGGAGAUGAAGAUUUGGAACAAUCUGCACGAAAUGGAAAGAAAGAAGUUAAAACUGCCAGCGUCUCUCAAUCAAUGCGUACACGUGAGGACAUUCCUAAAUAUCUGUACAAUUUAGAAUUAGAUAGCGCUCACUAUGACCCUAAAACACGUUCCAUGAGAGGAAAUCCCUUGCCUUUCGUUGAUCCUAGCGAAGCUACAUACGUUGGUGACAAUGCACUCAAAAAAUCAGGAGAAUAUCAAGAAUUUAUUCAAGCCCAAAAGUUUAUGUGGGAUGCAGGCAAGAGAGGAGAGGAUAUUAACUUGGCUGCUGUACCUACUCAAGCUUUUAUGGGAUUUUCAACCUUCCUUUCGAAGAAAAAAGAAUUGGAAGAAUCUAGGAAAAAAGCUGUUAUUGAAAGAUAUGGAGGAGAAAAAUUCCUUAACAAACCAACAGAAUUCGAAAGUGCACAAACAGAAAACUAUGCAGAAUAUUCAACAAGUGGUAGAAUAAUUGGAGGAAAACAACAGGCUACAAUUAAGAGUAAAUAUGAAGAGGACAUGUACUAUAAUGGACAUACUAGUGUCUUUGGAUCAUACUGGGAUCCAAAGAAAGGAUGGGGAUUUAAAUGCUGCAAACAAUUCGACAGAAAAAGCUACUGUACAAACAUAUCACCACAAACAAAUACUGCUACAUCACCAGCAUCCUCUUCCACUGUUCACUCUUCGAAUGGAGACGUUUUACCUCCUGCAAAAUCUUCCUCACAAAAUACUGUUAGUGCUACGAACAACAAAACUCAACAACCACGAACAACAAAUUUAACAAACAACAACAAUCAUGCAUCUAGGCAAGAUGGAAGACAAGACGGAAAACAAGAUGGUAGAGUCCAAAACGAAUCAAGCAAACCAAAGAAAGAUUUUGCAGUUCCAAUUCCACAAGAAAAGAAGAGAAAGGUGGAUGAAAAGACCUCGUGGAAUGAAAAGAAAACCAAAUACUCUGGCUACGAUCAUCACAACUAUACCGUCUCAGAACAAGAAAUGGAAGAAUACCGUAAAAACAAGACACUUUUCGACGAUCCAAUGAAAGAUUACAAAGACUAA